AUAUUUUCAUUUUAUUUAAAUCAUUUUAAAUAAAUAAGCUUAUGAAUAUGAAGGGUUAAAAUAGUUCACAAUGUAACUACUAGGAUCGUUGUCAUAACAAAACAAACCAUAUCCGAUCUUUAAGAAUGUUGUGUUAAAAAAAAAGUAUACGAUGUAUAAUUAUUUUCGCAUAAGUUUUUUCACAAAACUACUAAUAUUAUAUUUAAAGCUUUGUUAAAUGCCUGUGAUAAAAAAUAUUAUUUUAAAGGAAACAGUUACAUUAAAAAAUGUUACAUGAAAUUUUAGUGUCCCUAUGGGGUUGUUCGACCAGUUUAAUGGAAAUGCUCGAGAUUGAUUCUGUUAAUUUAGAUAAAUAUUUUCAUCCUGGAGAACGUGCCUUAGUAACAAAAAUAAUUGACAUUGUCAAACAAUGCAACACGAUUAGAAAGUUCAUCAACGUGCAUACAAACUUAUGCGAAAUCAAUGAAACUGAAUCACAAGAUAUUGAAGGUCUUUAUCAGCGAGCCCUUUGUGAUGGAAUGAAUCAAGCUUUAGAACCUUUUCACCAAGACGUUAUAGAGUUAGAAAAUACUGUUUUAACUAACAGCUAUACACCAGUAUCGUACAUACUUUGUCAAGUACAAAAACACGUAUGCUUGUUUUCUGUCUUGAACUCCAUCAUACGCGAAAUAAAUACACAAAGGCUACAUGGUUGUAAAUUAAUACAAUGUCUACAUCAGCAUAUGCACACUGGUAUACCUGAAGUUGAAGUAGCGUUAGAAAAGAUGAUACAUUGUCUACAUGUAAUUUUUUAUAAACAGUUAACAAGCUGGCUUUUAUACGGACAUCUUGAAGAUGUGUAUCAUGAAUUUUUCAUUCAGAAAGUAUCUAACAGUCAGAAUAGUUCGUCAUCAACUGAUAAAAAAAAUACUACCAAUAGUUAUGAAGAAAGUAAUCAUAAAAAGAAUAGCUUGGACAUGUGGGAUUAUGAUAUUCAGAUAGAUAUGCUUCCUUCUCAUAUCGGACCAUCGUUGGCAACCAAAAUUUUAACUAUAGGACAAACCAUCAUAAUGUUUGGCAACGAUCCUAGGCAAAAGAAAGAUUUCAGUGUAGUCACCAAAGCUGAUAAUUCGAUAUGGGGUGAAAAAGAAUACGAAUAUUUUAGAAAACUACAAAAUCUUCAGUCCAAACCAAUUUUUAAUAUUAUUGAAUUUGAAAGGACCAUCGACGAGUUAAAACAAUGCGUAACAGAACUUUUAUGGCAAGUUGCUGUAGAAGAAGCUCAACUUUUGCAACAGCUAAAAUCAAUGAAAGAUUUUUAUUUAAUGGGUCGUGGCGACUUGUUCAGAGAAUUUAUUAGGCUAACUGCACAUAUUCUAAACAAACCACCAACGAAUCAUACAUCCAGAGAUAUUAAUCUUGCUUUUCAAAUUGCAAUAAGAAAAAUGCACCUAAGUGAUGAGAGUACUAUGGAUAGUUUUAAUUUCACUGUACCAAUUCCUGAAAUUAAAACAAAUAGUGACGACGAUUUGAUCGGAUGUAAUGAUUUUUCGGAAAAAGAGCUGGAAGAUCCUAUUGAAAAACGUGGUUGGGGUUUGAUAAUUUUAAAAUAUAAAAUUGUUUGGCCGUUACAUUUAUUAUUUAGCCCAAAUGCAUUGAACGAUUAUAAUUCGUUAUUCCGAUUUUUAUUAAGGGUGAAAAAAACGCAAAUAGAUUUAUGGAAUCUAUGGAGCGAACAUAUGCAAUUUAAAAAUAUCGAUAUCGGCGUAAUUCAGUUACGAAAUAACUUAAUUUUCAUUGUCGACAACUUACAGUAUUAUUUGCAAGUGGACGUAUUAGAAAGUCAAUAUGCUAUAAUGGAAAGCAAUGUGAAAAAUACGAAAAAUUUUGAAGACGUGCAAAAGGCCCAUUCUAUUUUUUUGGCUAAUGUUAUGUCGCAAACAUUUUUAAUCGGCAAUAUUAAAGAGAGAAAGAAUCCAGUAAAUAAAUUGAUACGCCUUUUGUUAAGACUCUGCGAUGAUUUCAUUCUACAAGCAUCCACUUGGGAAGUUGCUAAUUUGCUCGUUACAGAGAAAGAAGAAUUAAAAACACUUUCCGAUACGCUCGAUUGUUUAAUGGACUGGUUGACAAAAACACUAAAUCGAGUUCGUUCACAACCCAGUGGAGAACAUUUAGCUCAAUUAUUAUUGAGAUUAGAUUUUAAUAGAUGGUUUAGUAAAAAAACUGUAAAGUUGUAAUAAAAAUUGCAAAUUAUUUUUGUCAUUUAAA